AUGAAGCUGUCUUUGUUUUUUCUUUUAAUAUUGGUGGUAUAUAAUUGUUCAGCAUAUCCAGUUGCCGAUCCUGAAGCUGAUCCAGAUGCAGAACCAGACGCAACUGCUGAAACUGAUGCUACAGUGGAUCCUAAUGCAGAACCUUUGAAAAUCCCACGCCCAGAACCAUUCAAGCCCACAAUCAGAAAACCAAGUAAACCCAAGCCUACUACUGACCCACUCAGGACGCGAACAACUACACUUUCUUCCUCAAAGGAAAAAUCUACCUCGAGACCUGUCUGGACCGACGAACUCAUUCCAAAUGCCAAGGAAAUUAUAAAUUCAUUAGAUUUAAAUGAUUUGAAAGGAAUAUCUAAUAAAAACGAUGCAAGUGGAAAUGAAGAUCAAUAUAAAGAAUCUACCUCGAGACCUAUCUGGACCGACGAACUCAUUCCAAAUUCAGAAAAUUUUUCAAAAGCAAAGCCGUCUAAUGUAAUUAGCGAUUUCAAGGAAAAUAUAAAUUCAUUGGAUUUAAGUGAUUUAAAAGAAAUAUCUAAUAAAAACGAUGCAAGUAGAAAUGAAGAUGAAUACGGAGCCGACGAUUUAUUAGGUAUCAAACAGCUCGAGCCCAAGGAUCUCGUUAUCGAUGUCGUUCCGAAGAAAGGGGCUACGUACAGAUCCUUGAGGUACGCCCACCGUGACGUCUUUGGGCCAACAAAAAAAGAAUAA